AUGAAAAAUGCAAUAACAAGAGCAUCAAGCUUCUGUUCAAUACUAAUGAACUGUACAGUUCUUUUGCUGUUUGCCAUAUUUAUCACAUCAUACUUUUAUUCCACUCCUCAGGUAACCGCAGAUUUGAAGGUAGAAUGGGUAUCUCCCAACAGGAACUACAAGGCAUGCCAGUUCUUCCCAAACAUCGAUCUCACACCCCAGUUCAAUUUCAACACGAAGCAGGUGUUUUUGUACCUGGUUGCAAAGUCUCCUGAAAACAAGAAAUGGUCUGGUCGAAAAUCGUCAAAAACGGUGAAAGGUAUAAAUUUUUUGAAAAAGAAAAGUCAAACUACAUUUUCUCAGUGGGCGAAAAGGGGCAUAUCUCCUUUGAACUGA